AUGGUCGAACAUUCCACCCAUAUUCGACACGUAGUGCUUUACGAGUUCGAAUCUGGCCACUCCGCUGCUGAAGCCCAUCGAAACUUAAGUCAAGUAUUCGGCACCGAAGCCCCUUCUGAGCGGUCUGUGCGCGCCUGGUUCCAGCGCUUCAAAGCCAGAAACAAGAAAAACAAGAAACUCGAAGAGGAGCCUCGCUCUGGUCGACCGACUGCAAUAUCGUUCUACGAACUGAAGAAUCUGGCGGAGCAGCAUCCGUAUGAAGGUGUGCAGUAUUUUGCUGCCAGUAUUGGCUGUUUGCUGUCCACCGUAAGCAAUGGACAGCGAUCUCUCGGAAUGGUGAAAAAGCUCGGUCAGUGGCUCCCACAUGCAUUGAGCGACAGCAACCGCCAAAGACGCCUGGACAUCUGCACUCUGCUGCUCUCCAGAAGCCGCAGAUUCGACUGGCUGGAUACCAUUGUCACUGUAGAUGAAAAAUGA